GAGGACCUCUCCAUUUUCAGGUCUUGCAUUUCCAAGUCUUGUCAAAACAUGCUGCGAAUUCUGUCGCGACGGCUGGUCCCCUUGGCAAGACCUCGCUCACUGGCGGCGCAAUCAGUGCGAACCAUCUCUAAUACUUCGGUGGCGAGAUCGGAUGCACUCUUCGUGCACCGUGACAGUACAGAUAACAACGCGACCAUACCCUUCGAGUUCACCCCUGAGAAUCUUAAACGGGCAAAGGAAAUCAUAAAGAAGUAUCCUCCGCAAUAUAAGAAGGCCGCCACCAUCCCGCUUCUUGACUUGGCUCAACGGCAGAAUGGAUGGACUAGUAUCUCGACAAUGAACUAUGUGGCGAAUCUCCUUGAAGUCCCUCCAAUGCGAGUAUACGAGGUCGCCACUUUCUACACGAUGUUUAACAGGCAACCCGUUGGGAAGUAUUUCUUGCAGCUGUGCACCACAACUCCGUGUCAGCUCUGUGGCUCCGACAGUAUUUUGGAAACCAUUCAAAAUCACUUGGGAAUCAAGCCUGGGCAAACGACCGACGAUAAACUGUUUACUUUGGUGGAGGUGGAGUGUGCUGGUGCAUGUGUCAACGCCCCAGUGCUUGCGGUCAACGACGAUUACUAUGAGGACUUGACUUCCGAGACGACCAUUAAAAUUCUCGACGAAUUGAAGAAGGGCAAUGUGCCAAAGGCGGGCCCUCAGUCUGGACGUCAAAACUGUGAGCCCCAUGGGGAGUUGACAACUUUGAGGGGGGAGCCGACCGGUCCAGGAUUCCGUGUCCGUGCGGAUUUGUAGAGAGCCCCUCAUUAGAAUCAGGAUACUCUCAUUGGGCUCAAUAUUACUUUGCAUAAACCUCCUCCAUAAUACCGUGAAGAAACAUAUACGCAGAUA